UGUCCCUUCCAGCCCUACCAACCCGACGGGCUCGUCCUGCAUCAAACGCACGGCAGGCGACUCGCUCCAUCACACUCCACCUCGCGUCUCCUUCUCCUCCAUUCAGCUGAAGAAGACGAUGCCUCUCCAGUCCACUCUGUCCGGCAGAGGCUCCGGCUCGACCCAGGCCUUGGACACUCAGUCGGACGGGAAGUCCUUUGAGCAGCUGAGGCAGGAAUGCCUGCAGAAGGGAGUCCUGUUUGAGGACCCAGACUUCCCUGCCACCGACGCCUCGCUCUUCUUCAGCCAGAGCGUUCCCGUGCAGAUUGAAUGGAAGAGGCCCACGGAGCUCUGCAGCGACCCGGAGUUCAUCGUGGGUGGCGCGGACAGGACAGACAUUUGUCAGGGACAGCUCGGGGACUGCUGGCUCCUGGCAGCCAUCGCAUCCCUGACCCUCAAAAAAGAAGCACUGGCCCGAGUCGUCCCCCACGACCAGGGGUUUGACCACAGAUACGCCGGCAUCUUCCACUUCCAGUUCUGGCAGCACAACAAAUGGCUGGACGUGGUGGUGGACGACAGACUGCCGUCGGUGAGGAAUCAGCUCAUCAUGCUUCACUCUGCCUCCAGCAACGAGUUCUGGAGCGCGCUGCUGGAGAAAGCCUACGCCAAACUGCACGGCAGCUACGAGUCCCUGAAAGGCGGCAGCACCAUGGAGGCCAUGGAGGAUUUUACCGGCGGCGUCGGGGAAAUGUACGACACCAAGAGCGCUCCCAGCGACCUGUUCUCCAUCAUGAAGAAGGCCCUGGACAGAGGCUCCAUGAUGGGAUGCUCUAUCGAUGUAAAGACCAGACCCUCCAAAAACUGUUUUGAAUGUGUGGUAUCCAUGUGUUUAGUUUGGUUUAGUCUCACAGUUUUAAACCUGUCUGGGUGUUUUGGUUUUCUCCAGAUCUCCAGCUCCGCGGAGUCUGAGGCCAAGACGACCACGGGCCUGGUGAAGGGACACGCGUACUCCAUCACAGGCCUGGAGGAGGUGAAUUUCAGAGGUCAGAAGGUCCAGCUGAUCCGGAUCAGAAAUCCCUGGGGUCAGGUGGAGUGGAACGGCCCCUGGAGUGACAACUCCAGAGAGUGGAAUUAUGUGGACAAAGCAGAAAAAACUCGCAUCCUGCAGAAUUCAACAGAGGACGGUGAAUUCUGGAUGGAGUUCGAGGACUUCAAACGGAACUACGACAAGGUGGAGAUCUGCAACAUGACGCCCGACUCCCUGAGCGACGACACAAAGCGCCACUGGGAGGUCAGCAUGUUCGAGGGAAACUGGAUCCGAGGCUCCACCGCUGGAGGCUGCAGGAACUACAUCGACACAUUUUGGACCAACCCGCAGUUCAAGCUGGAGCUGGAAGACGCCGAUGACGACGACGACGACGUGUGCAGCGUGGUGAUCGCUCUGAUGCAGAAGAACCGACGGAAGCUGAGGAAGGAAGGCCUGGACCUGGAGACCAUUGGCUUCGCAGUGUAUGAGGCUCCGGACGAUGAAGACCACCAGGGGAAGGACUUCUUCCGCUACCACGCAUCCAAGGCUCGUAGCAAGACCUACAUCAACAUGCGGGAGGUGUCGGAGCGUUUCACACUGCCUCCUGGGAAAUACCUGCUGGUCCCCACCACCUUCCAGCCCCACCACGAGGCCGACUUCCUCAUCAGGAUCUUCUCUGAGAAAAAGGCGGCGGCACUGGAGAUGGGAAGCGACGUCGAUGCCGACCUGCCGGAUCCGCCCAUGCCCAACCCUCCCGAGGAGGAAACAGAUGAGGAGAGAGGACUGAGGCGGCUGUUUGAGCAGCUGGCUGGUGCGGACAAAGCCAUCUCUGUCAGGGAGCUGCAGCAGAUGCUCAACGGCGUUCUCAGCAGACGGAAAGAAAUCAAGUUUGACGGCCUGAGUCUCAGCACCUGCCACAGCAUCAUCAACCUGAUGGACGUGGACAACACGGGGAAGCUGGAGUUCCAGGAGUUUAAGGUCUUCUGGGAAAAGAUGAAGAAGUGGAUUAUGCUCUUCCUGUCCUUUGACACCGACCGGUCGGGGAAGAUGUCGUCCUACGAGCUUCGCAGUGCUCUCAAAGCUGCAGGCAUGCACCUGAACAACCAGCUCCUGCAGCUCAUCGGCCUCAGGUUUGCUGAUCCCAACUACGACAUCGACUUCGACGACUACCUCACCUGCAUCGUGCGUCUGGAGAACAUGUUCAGAGCUUUCCAAGCUAUGGACAAAUUCCAGAGGGGGCGGGUGAGAAUGAACAUCAUGCAGUUCCUGAUGUUGUCGAUGAACGUGUGAGGACAAACAGAAGCCACCAGAAGAACAAACACGGUCAUAAAGAGGCCGCAAUGAUAAACACACACUUUUUUUUUCUCCAGAUCCAAAUUCCCUUUUGAAAUGUCACUGGACAAAUAAUGUGAGAUGCUGUCUGAGCUGGGGGGGUGGGGGGGUAUUGUUUUAUUUUUUUCUGCUCUCUGCAUGAAUGGAGAUAAAUUUGGAAUAAAAAUUUUGUCUUUGAUGUAAAGAAAAAUUACAGACUUUAAUUUUACUAUUAUUACUGUACAUUACUGCAACUCUGAGGUACUCGAUUUAACUUUAUAUAUGUUCUAGUACAUUUAAAAGGACAAUACUGUACUUUUACUCCACUACAUUUAACAUUGUAAAUUCAAAAACAUUUGAUUAACCUCCACCAAACAGAUGUUUCCCAUCCGAUGAUUUUACUUAAAUAAAUAAAU